AUGGGGUCUAUGAAUUUGUUGGGUUUCUCUCUCUCUCCUCAAGAACACCCUCCUAAUCAAGACCAUUCUCAAACGGCACCUUCUCGUUUUGGCUUCAACCCUGACGGAAUCUCAAGCACUGAUGUAGCUGGAGAAUGCUUUGAUCUCACUUCUGACUCAACUACUCAUUCACUCAACCUUCCUCCUUUUGGCAUAUACGAAGCAUUUCACAGGAACAAUAAUAUUCACACCACUCAAGAUUGGAAGGAGAACUACAACAGUCAAAACUUGCUUUUGGGAACUUCAUGCAGUAACCAAAAUAUGAACCAGAAUCAACAUCAACAUCAACAACAACAGCCAAAGCUUGAAAACUUCCUGGGUGGACACUCUUUUGGUGAUAAUCAUGAACACCAAGCAUACGGUGGUAACUCAGCCUCAACAGAUUACAUGUUUCCAAACUGUUCAUUACAGCUUCCAUCUCAGUCUGUAGUGGCUGGUGGCGGUGGUGGUAGUGCAAGCAAUGGUAACUCCAUAGGGUUGUCCAUGAUAAAAACAUGGCUGAGGAACCAGCCACCACACUCAGAAAGCAACAAUAACAACAACAAUGAAAGUGGUGGAAUUACUAGUAGAACUAGUGUGCAAACACUAUCACUUUCCAUGAGUACUGGUUCACAAUCAAGCUCAUCAUUGCCCCUUCUCACGGCUAGUGUGGAUGGAGAGAGUUCUUCAAAUAACAAGCAACCACUCACCACCGUUGCACUUGAUACCACCCAAACUGGACCUAUUGACACUGCACCCAGAAAGUCCAUUGACACGUUUGGACAGAGAACUUCAAUCUACCGUGGUGUAACAAGGCAUAGGUGGACUGGGAGGUAUGAAGCUCACUUGUGGGAUAAUAGUUGUAGAAGAGAGGGACAAACUCGCAAAGGAAGACAAGUUUACUUGGGAGGUUAUGACAAAGAAGAAAAGGCAGCUAGAGCCUACGAUUUGGCAGCACUAAAAUACUGGGGAACAACUACAACAACAAAUUUUCCGAUUAGCCACUAUGAGAAAGAAUUGGAAGAAAUGAAGCACAUGACCAGGCAAGAGUACGUUGCGUCAUUGAGAAGGAAGAGUAGUGGCUUUUCGCGCGGUGCAUCCAUUUAUCGAGGAGUUACGAGACACCAUCAACAUGGUAGAUGGCAAGCGAGGAUCGGAAGAGUUGCAGGCAACAAAGAUCUUUAUUUGGGAACUUUCAGCACCCAAGAAGAGGCAGCAGAAGCAUAUGAUGUAGCAGCCAUCAAAUUCCGAGGAUUGAGUGCUGUUACAAACUUUGACAUGAGCAGAUACGAUGUUAAGAGCAUACUUGAGAGCACCACAUUGCCAAUUGGUGGUGCUGCCAAGCGUUUGAAGGAUAUGGAGCAAGUUGAACUAAAUGUGGAUGGCCAUAGAACAGAUCAAGAAGAUCAUAUGAUCAUGAACUCGCACCUAACUGAGGGAAUCAACAACUUUGGAGGAGGAUCAACCCAUCAUAACUGGCAUAAUGCUCUUGCAUUCCACCAACAUCAACCUUGUACCACCAUACACUACCCUUAUGGACAAAGGCUUUGGUGCAAGCAAGAACAACAAGAUAAUUCUGAUUCCUCUCACACUUUGUCUUAUCCAGAUAUUCAUCAACUACAGUUAGGGAAUAAUGGCACACAUAAUUUCUUUAAUACAAAUUCUGGGUUGCACACUAUCAUGAACAUUGAUUCUUCUUCCAUGGACAAUAGCUCUGGAUCUAACUCGGUUGUUUAUGAUGGUUAUGGAGGUAGUGGGGGCUACGUGAUUCCUAUGGGAACUACUACUGUAGCUGCAAGUGAUGGUAACCAAAAUGAAAGAAGCAAUAAUGGUUUUGGUGAUAAUGAGAUAAAGGUGCUUGGUUAUGAAGGUGUUUAUGGCUCUACUGAUCCUUAUCAUGCACAUGCAAGGAACAUGUACUAUCUUUCUCAACACCAAUCAUCUUCUGUAGAUGCAGUUAAGACCAGUGCAUAUGAUCAAGGAUCCACAUGCAAUAGUACUUGGGUUCCAACAGCGAUUCCAACACUUGCACCAAGGUCUACCAAUAUGGCACUUUGUCACGGUGCUCCACCAUUCACGUUAUUGCAUGAAUAG